CCAGGGACUACACGUCCCAGUGUGCCUAGCGCGCUCACCCGGAAGCCGCUUUGUGGGGGCGUGGCGGACUGAGUAGCGCACCGGCAUGGCGGGUCUCGGAGCGCUCUGGUGGCGGAACCUGUGGCGCCGCGCGGCAGCUCCCCUCGCGCUGCAGCGCCCAGGGCGAGCCCUGUUGUGGAGCCGCGGGUACGGCCAGGACGCGGGCUCGGAGGCCGACAAAAAAGAGUCAGAUGUCACAAAGCUUUGUUUUAUGGAUGAACUGGUUCAGAGUUUACUCUCUAAGAUGACAGGGUUGGAUUUACAGAAGGUUUUUAGACCCAUUAAACAGGAGCUCAAGCCACCCACUUACAAGUUAAUGACAGAAAAACAACUAGCAGAGGCCACAAGAAAAGCCAUUGAGGAAGCUAAAGAACUAUUAAAAAUGCCUCCUGUUCUGAGUGAGCGAGAGCCAAUUGAUGAUGUGUUAGCAGAAGACAGGAUCCUGGAAGGAACUGAAACUGUCAAAUACGUGUUUACUGAUAUAACUUACAGCACUCCACAUCGUGAGCGUUUCAUUGUAGUUAGAGAACCAAGUGGUGUGUUACGUAAGGCUACCUGGGAAGAACGGGACAGGAUGAUUCAAGUGUACUUCUCGAGAGAGGGACGCAAACUUGUUCCACCACCAAUAUUCAAGGAUGAAAACCUUAAGACUGUGUUUCGUGAGGACCGUCAUGAAGAUGUACUUAACCUGUGUAUUGCACAGUUUGAGCCAGAUUCAGCUAACUAUAUCAGAGUUCAUCAUCAGACAUAUGAGGACAUUGAUAAACAUGCCAAAUAUGAUCUUCUACGUUCAACAAGACACUUUGGAGGAAUGGUGUGGUAUCUGGUAAAUAGGAAGAAGACAGAUGGCUUAUUAAUCGAUAUGAUCCAGAGAAAUUUAAUAGAUGAUGCUACAUGCUUAAUCAACCUCUAUCAUAUGCUCCAUCCUGACUGUCAAUCAGCAAAAGAAGCGAAAGAAGAGGAAGUUUAUGGAGUAGAUUUAAUCAAGGUGUUCAUGAAAACAGAAUCAAAGAAGGUAGGAUAUAUAGAGCUGGCUCUUCAGGCUUAUCAAGAAACACUGGCUAGUUCAGCAGCUUUGUGAAAUAAAAAGGGCUUAUUUAAUCAAGUGUUAACGUUCAAGCAUUCCAUCAUGUUAACAUCUGAGAAGUACAAAAUGUUAAUGCUGUAUAGAACUCUAAAAUAAACACAAGUGACUAAGG